ACCUCAUCUUUCUUUAAGCUAACCUAGUAAAAACCACAGAUCCCCCACCACCAUGUCUUGCUGCUGUGCUCCCCGAUUCUGCUGCAGUGUCCCCACUGGCCCUGCCACCACCAUCUGCUCCUCUGACAAAUGCUGCCGCUGUGGAGUCUGCCUGCCUAGCACCUGCCCACACACUACUUGGCUCCUGGAGCCCACCUGCUGUGACAACUGCCCCCCACCCUGCCAUAUUCCUCAGCCCUGUGUGCCCACCUGCUUCCUGCUCAACUCCUGCCAUCCCACCCCAGGUCUGGAGACCCUCAACCUCACAACCUACACUCAGUCUGGCUGUGAGGACCCCUGCAUCCCAAGCUGCUGCUGAUGGAUCUCUGCUUCACUCAACUCAAUGCCUGAUACUGAAUGACUCAACCAGCUUCAAUGUUCACCUUCAAUUAAUUGACUCUGCUUUGGCAACUGGAACAAGAAGAGAAUACCACCCCCCAAUAAAAAUAAUCAAGAGACUUAAGGGUCAUGUAGGAGGGACCAGUAACCAAGUAGAAUUUGAAAAGGUAGAUAUCUUUGGCUUCCCCAAAUUCUUCACUUCCUUCCUGUAAGACAGAACUUUCUUUGGGUACUUUGGAAAUUGUUUUCAAUCUUGGGUGGUAACUCUCUGGAAGUUGAAGACCUUCAUUAUCUUCCAAAUAAAGAUUAAGUCUCUGGAAUAGCACAAAUGUCUACAAUUACUUUUGCUUUUGUAUGCUAAUUUAUUAACUGAAUUGUUUAACUCCAAAUCAACAUUUCAAGAAAAAAAGAGGACAACUAAAGACUGAAAGCUGUGCAAGAUACACAAAUAUCUCUUGCAUUUGUUGUUCUUGAUAUUUUAAUUAAACUGAAGAGCCUCAAAUAUAAGAUGAUCCAGUGCAUUGACAUUCUUGAAAUUAGAACUUUCUAUGACUUGUCCUCCCAAAGUGAUUUAAAAUGGUAAGUUGAGAAGUGCAUAAUGUGACUAGAAGAUCAAACAUGGAAUGUCAACUAAUUCAAGUAACCUGUAUAUUUAUACAAAAUACUAAUAACAUAAUAAUGUUAUUACUCAUUCAAUGGACAUUUAUUAAAUACCUAUCAUAUACCGUA